AUGAUACUUCAAUUAUGCAAGAUGAAAAAGUUUUUUGGUGCUAUGGGAGUCUCUAAUGCUUACUAUGGAACUAAAAUGAUGUUGAAUACGGAUUUGAUAAACACUGCUAAUUAUAUAUCUAAGAUGAAUGGUACUGAGAUAGAAAUCACACAAGGAGUGAGUCAAAUGUCUGGUCCAACAAUUGUCCCUCUAGAAGAUGACUUGCUCCAGACACAAAAAAUGACAAUUGAGAACUUGAUAGAAUCCACUGAGAAAUGUGUUGGUACUGUUAUAGCAAGAACAUGUGAACUUGAGACAGAUCUUGGAUGGUAUUAUCAAGCUUGCACAAAGUGUGCAUCAAAGGUUACUACUAGAACUGGGGUUAUUUACUGUGAGAAAUGCCAGCAACCAAGGACCGCUAUUCCUAGGUUCAAGAUUAAUGUUCAAGUAAUUGAUAAUUCUGGAUCAACAAUUUUUACUCUGUUUGAUAGAGUGGUUUCUCAAGCUUUGGGAAGAAAUGUACAAGAUAUGUUGGAUAACAUGAAUCAUGAUUUAGCUUAUCCACCGGAGCUUGAUGUAUUUGUGGACAAACGAAUGUUGUUUAAGGUAGAAGUUACUGAUGCCAAUUUGUUUCGUAAUUGGCGCAAUUAUAACGUGAAGAAGUUGACUGAAGACGGAGAGAUAAUCAAUCUGUUUUUAACAUUGCAUGGGAUAAAUUUGAAUGAUGUCGGUAUAGAUGCUGAAUGUGUUCAGAUAGGAGGUGAAGUUGCUGAUAAUAAUGUUAUGGAGGCAAUUGAAGGUGGUGAUUCAAACGAAGAGGAAUUGACUACUGCAGAUUCUGGAAAUACACCUACAAGCAAGAUAUUGGGGAAGAGGUUGUCUGAUAGUCCUGAAUCAAUUGCUGUGAAUGAUAUCAACAGUGGUGCUUCAUCGGUUGUUAAAGAUUCUAAAUGUGUAAAGCUUGAAAAAUUUGAUUGA